AUGUGGGACGAUCAAACCUACGACGUCGUCGUUGUCGGAGCCGGUCACGCCGGCUGCGAGGCCGCCAUGGCGUCUUCCUUCCGCGGCGCCCGCACUCUCCUGCUCACGCUCAACCUGGACCGCAUCGCGUGGCAACCGUGCAACCCCGCCGUCGGGGGCCCCGCCAAGUCCACUUUGGUCCACGAAGUCGAUGCCAUGGGGGGCUGGAUCGGAAAAGUCGCCGACCGUACCUACCUGCAGCGUCGCGUGCUUAACCGCUCCAAAGGGCCCGCCGUGUGGGCCCUGCGCGCCCAGACGGACAAGCGCGAGUACUCGCAGGAAAUGACCCGCAUUUUGAACGAGAGGGCUCAGGAAGCAGGGGGCAAUCUCGACAUUCGCGAGGGCAUGGUGCACGACUUGGUUGUCGGUGCAAAUGACGAGGUCGUUGGUGUCACGACCUACUUCGGCUCGGCGUUCAGGUCCAAGACUGUUAUUUUGACGACUGGCACGUUUUUGGGCGGCACCAUUUGGGUUGGAGCAAAGUCCAUGCCGGCUGGAAGGUCGGGUGAGCUGGCGGCAUUUGGACUCACAGAGACUUUGCAGGACCUUGGCUUUGAAACGGGUAGGCUCAAGACGGGGACUCCACCCCGUGUAGACUCGAGAACGGUGGAUUAUUCUGUCAUGGAGCCACAAGGGUCGGACCCGGAUGACCACUGGUUUAGCUUUGAUCCUUCAGAAUGGACGCCCCGAGAAACAAUGUCGUGCUAUCUCACGAGAACGACCGAGGCGACGCACAAAAUGAUUCGCGCCAACCUCCAUCGCACACCCAAGUAUGGUGGCUUUAUGGAGUCAACAGGCCCGAGAUAUUGUCCGAGCAUAGAAGACAAGAUUGUGCGAUUUGCGGAGCGCGGGUCCCACCAGAUAUUUAUUGAACCCGAAGGAAGGACCAUCCCUGAGCUAUACAUUCAGGGCUUUAGUACCGGUUUGCCUGAGGACAUCCAACUCGCCGUGUUGCGGACUAUUCCGGGUAUGGAGAAGGCAAAAAUGAUCCGGCCAGCCUACUCGGUGGACUAUGACUACGUGCCUGCGACGCAGUUGCAUUCGACCAUGAUGUCUAAAAAGUGCGAUGGCUUGUUUCUAGCGGGCCAGGUUUGUGGGACGACGGGUUAUGAAGAGGCUGCAGCGCAGGGGUUGCUGGCGGGUAUCAAUGCCUCGAGAGCGGCAGCAGGCGAAGAUAUGAUGUCGUUGACUCGAGAGAGCUCCUUUAUUGGGACAAUGGUUGACGAUUUAUGCACUAAGGAAUUGUUGGAGCCGUAUCGCGUUCUUACUUCUCGGUCUGAAUACCGCUUGAUGCUACGCGCAGAUAACGCCGAUGCCAGGUUGACCCCUCUUGCGAGAUCCCUGGGAAUGAUAGAUGAGGCGCGGUGGGGUUUGCACACGGAGAAGUCGGAACGGCUCAAGAACGAACUUGCUCGUCUGCGGAGCUCACGAAUAUCAGGAAGAAGUGACGCUGCAGUUAUCCUGCGAGAAAAGUGUCGGGCAACGGUGCGCGAGAGUUCUUCUCUGGCAGACCUCCUGCGCCAGCCAGGCGUACAUUACCAGAAUUUGGAUGAGGCCGGGGUGGGGGGCACACUCGCGAAUACGUUUGAACGUGAGCAGGUUGAAACCGAGUUGAAAUACGAGGGCUAUAUCCGUCGCCAGGCCGAGGAGGUAAAAAAAGCUGCAAAGACUAUGUCGAAGAAAAUUGAAGCAAAGCUCGAUUACAACAGCAUUUAUGGGUUGCGUCUGGAAGCCAGAGAGAAACUCUCCAAGCUGCGUCCAGAGACGCUUGGACAGGCAUUUCGUAUGGGAGGUGUGAAUCCCGCGGACAUCACCGUUCUCAAGAUUCAUCUCGAGAAAAUGAGCAUGCAAAGGAAGCCACGAGUGGCGGCCAGAGCAGAAGAUUCGGCAUAA